AUAAGCUCUUCAUCUGGUGUCUCGGUGACUAUGAAGAACAAUCUGGAUAAAUUGAGAGGAUAAAGUGAUAACUAUACCUUAAGGAUUAUCUGUGCUCUGGAUUGGGUGAACUUUAAACAUUACAGGAGGAUCCAGACGAGCUGCAGAUUCAGACGUUACCAUGGUGUGGCUGUCUACAGCACUUUCCCUAACCCUUCUAUUAGGCUAUGUGACGGCUGGACUGGACAAAAGCAGAGUCCCAGUGUUCCUGGACCAGAAGGAGGCCAGUGAAGUCAUAAGCCGUCAGAAGAGAGCAAAUGCAGGAAACGAGGAGAAUACACUCAACCCCAACCUUGAGCGAGAAUGUCUGGAGGAAGUGUGCAGUUAUGAAGAAGCAAGAGAGGUGUUUCAGGACAUAUAUCGCACUGAUAUAUUCUGGUCAGUGUACAUAGAUGGAGAUCAGUGCGCAAAUCAACCAUGCAAAAACGGAGCCAUGUGCUCAGACAGUGUUGGUGGUUAUGAUUGCAUCUGCAAAUCAGGAUUUUCAGGAGUGCAUUGUGAAACAGAUCAGACCAAAUGUGUUAUCGAUAAGAACAAAGGCUGCAGUCAGUUCUGUAAGCCUGGUUACCAGUCGUAUGAGUGUUCCUGUGCUUGGGGAUGGAAGCUGGAGCAGAAAGACAAAUGUGUGCCUGCUGUGCCAUUCCCAUGUGGGAAGGUGAGCAGUUUGAGUCAGUGGACCAGCCAGCAGUCCAAGAACAUACAAUCGGACUAUGAAGGACUGGACUGCAAUGCUGAAGAAUGUCCCUGGCAGGCCCUGCUGCAUAACAGUAAGUUGAAUGGGUUUUGCAGUGGCGUCAUCAUUAAAGAGAACUUUGUACUGACCACGGCACAGUGUGUCCUCAAAUAUACCGACUUCUCCGUGGCUGUGGGCAAGAUGGUGCCAACCUAUGAGAUUGAUGAACAGGACCUGUAUGUAAAGAAGGUACAUGUUCAUCCACUUUACCUGGAGGGAAAACCAGAAAAUGACCUUGCUGUGAUCGAGCUGAAGGAUAAGAUCAUGUUGAAGAAGAAGGUGGUGCCAGCCUGCCUGCCUGAGAGAGAUUUUGCAGAAAAUGUUUUGAUUUCAGGCGAGCACAUGGGCGUGGUUACUGGUUGGCAAAAUGCAUCUGAGUUUGUAGGAAACCUCAGGCUAAAUCACUUGUCUUACAGCAAACUGUCAGCAUGUGUGGAGCGUCACUCAGGACAGGUUACCAACAAGAUGGCAUGCACCCUGCCACGUCCUAAAGUGGAUUGUUUCUUCGGCUCCGGCAGUCCCAUCCUCACCUUGUACCGAGAGGUCUUCUUUCUCACUGGUGUGGUGAGCCAGUCCCCAGGGCUGGACUGCAGCAACGGUUACGUCUUUCAGAAGGUGUCCCGCUUCCUUCCCUGGUUGAGGAAUGUGAUGGGUUCUCUGUAAAACACGUGAGAUGGAAAUGCUUUUGAAAACCUAUUGUCUAUUAUCUUAACUUCCAAUUAUUGUGUGAUAUUUCCCAAGUGUUUUCAACAUAUCUCAAAAAUGAACAUGUAAUGCCUCAUGCUUGAUAUUUCUCCAAAAUAUGACACUCUCUGCUUUAAUUCCUUAUGUUCAUACAGGCAUCUAUAACACAGUGUUUUCAUAUACAGUACAUAUGCAUAUAUGCAUGUUCACGUAUAUGUUUUUUUUUUCUUUGGAAUAAAAUGAGAUCAGUAUGAAAAAAAUAUGAAAUACUACACAUAUGCACAGGUUAAUAUAAUUUAAAUAUUGUCAAAUAACUUAUCUCUUUAUAUUAUGUAUCCAAAUUGAAG